UACAAAAAUGUCUAGUUGUAGAAUCACAAUAAGUUUAGAAGUCAACAGCGGGAUCACAAGCACAAUGAUAGGAUUGCACUCAGGCUAAAACUGAGACCGACAUGGUCCUGUAGAAGCGACAUUUCAAUAACGCAUCCUUUUUCUGUAAAAGCCUCAAGAAAUUGAUAUCAUCAUGUCGAACACCUUCGAUCAUGAGGUACGCGGUGACGAGGACGACGAAUUCAGCAAGUUGUCUGACGACGAUCUCCGAUCCUAUUCACUUGAGGACGAGUCUGUGUCCUUGCAGGAAAACUCUUGCUCUUUUCCAGGACAGCUUCGAUCGAAGUCAUCUUUCGCUACUAGGAAUCAACGUAGUGGUCGAAGUAGUGCUACUUCUCGAGGGGGAGGAAGUCGUGUUCGAUAUCAACACCAGGACUCAGAAAAUCCAAAUCCACCUAACAUACCACCUACGAGUGGAAGGCAACAUAAAGAACAGUUUAGUAAGUCUUCUUCUAUUUUGAAAUCUUCUUCUUCGAACGCGAACCAUAGCAAGAACUCUAGCAAAAAUACUACCUCUACUGCUGCGAGUUCGAGUGCUCCUCCGGAUGAGUUACGAGCGAUUUUUAGCGCAGCAUCGGAAGAAAGAAGACGGACGGCCCUGUUGCUGCGGGAGAAGGAAGCUGAAGUGAACACAUUGCGCAGAUCGGAGAUGGACUUAAAGGAAGCUCUAGUUAUGGACGAGAAUGGUUUGUCUUCAUUCUUUUUUUUUUGAGAUUGGAUGGGCGUUCGGCAAUCAAAUACAUAGUACAGCAUGAUGUCUCACUUUGGCAUCUUUUUUAUCUUCGAGAAUCUAUCACAUAGAUUUACAUUUAGAUUUGAAUGCUUUCUGUUCUAAACUACAAAGAGAAAGACAGCGCAGCACUCUUCUUGCGGAGCGAUGCAACCAGCUCACUUCUCAGCUUCUGCAUCAACGCGGGAGUUUGACAGAUGCGGAGCACAAACGAGAUUCUUUAGAUUCAGCUUUGAGAGACGUAAAACAAAACUAUGGUGCCAAAAUCGACGUCUUAAAACAAGCUGUUUCGGAUGCAGCGAGAAGACUAGAGACAGAAAGGAAACAAAGAAGACAAUUGGGAAGUGCGUUGAGGUCAUUGCAAAGAGAUUUGUAUGUUGAGAAAAUGAAAAGACAGUUGGUGGAUACUGGGUGAUCUGAGUACUUAUGUUGAGAUUUUACUCCUGAAGGUAGUAGUGUUGGCACGACAGAAAUAAUUGAUUUCUUGACUUUGUUCUUUUGUCUGCAGAGAACCCAAAUAGAAUACCGGAUUGACAGGAC